GACGUGUUAGGUCAGAAUUCAACACCUGGACCUCAGGCACAGGCAACUGAACAUCCACUCAGAGGCCUUCUCCAGCCACCAUCAAGUGCACAACCUCUAAAAUAUAACAUACAUCAGUCAGCUGAAUACCGCUUGAGGCAGGUUCUUUUGGGGCAGUACGACAAAAUGGUCCGCCCGGUAUUAAAACCAUCUGAUGUGAUCAAUGUCACCUUUAUUGUGGACUUCAAGGCACUAAGCGCAGUGGUAAUUGCUGAAUGUAACUGAUGUAUUUUUCAGGCCUAGCACUAUACAUGUUUACACUCACAGUUGCAAAUCUGUUCAUAAUGCAGUGCAAUACAAUAUAUAUUGUAAAAGGUUUUUAGGACGAAACAGGCAAAGGCUGGACAUUCAGAUUUCACAUAGCAUCCAAACACUAUCGAGACAAUGGUGGUUAAAAAGGCAUUCCUAAGGCAUUGCAUGUAUGUAUGCUAACUAAAUAAGGACUUACAUAAGCAGAUAGUUAGACAGAUGGACUGUUCCAGGCGCGAUUUUCGCGUGCUUUAUUUCUCCACCGAGCUCUAAUCAGCAGUCUGAAAGCCUGAAACUAGAUUCUGAAGAAAUCCUCUGAUAUUCGAUCUACACAUGUAUAUAAGAAAAUAGCAACUUUGGUUUUUUUUCCAGGACAGCAAAGACCAAAUUAUUACAACAGACACUGAGAUAACCCAGGUAAAUCACUAUAAAAUUAGUUGGGUUUUAUUUGUUACACUGAUUUGUACAAGGUUUUGGCUUAAUAUACGGUAGUGCACAUAUGACAGCUCCUGCCAACAGAAACGAACUGAUGAAAACUGAUGAAAAAGAAAAUUUUUCUCCUGAAAAAUUGAAUCAAAUGCAUGAGCUGUAUAUACAACUGCGCCGACAUAAAUAUAGUAGUGCUUUCUGUUCCCUCUAGAGAGGUAUAUGAUGUGUAGAACUAUUCGUGCUGGAAUCGAUCAUGCAACCCUGGAGGACACCAGUUUCAUUGUACACAUUAUGCCAAUCCAGUCUCGCCGCCACCUGACGUCCCUACUAGGUUUUCACAUUUUUCACUAAAAAGCAAACCAUCUUAUCAGUAUCUUCCCCUCUUUUUCCAGGUGUGGACUAAUCUGUUCCUUCAGUGGAAUCCUGAAGAUUAUGAAGGGAUAGACCGUAUUCUUGUGGACCCACGGACCAUAUGGGUACCUGAUAUUGUUCUCGAGAACAAGUUAGUUUAUUUGUACUUUUUUAUGAGAGGUAUAGCUUGAGAUGAUAUAAGUAUUCAGGUAUCCACACUCUCACUCAUUCACUCACUCAAGCUCUUCAUCCCGGAUGGGACAUGUGUCGAUAUUGCGUGGUUGCUUAGUAACGCUAGCGACAUGCGCAUUAGGGCUCGAAAGCUCUUACCAUGUGCUCUUGCCAAAUGGCGGACUCUGUAUAUCAGGUUUGUUUGUUAUAAGUGAUUAAAUCCUGUUGAGAUUUCAAGACAGGACAUAAGGCCGCAAUCAAACGUCGCCACUCUACCCUGUCUUGAGAUUUGGCCUGCGCUUCAUUCCAUGUUUGACCCAACUCCUCUAGCUCUAUCAUCACUGUUCUUCGGCAGGUGGCUUUUGGCAAGCCUCUUUUCGACCUCCCAUUUUUCAACUACUCACUUAGAGACACUAACAGACCUUCAAAAGAGUUCAAAUUUACGAAGACUAGUUCAGUAAAAUUAUGUGGUCCCUCAAUGUAAGGUAUUGUCUAAUGUCUCAGGGAUAUCUAUAGUUAGGUAAUUUACUUUAUUGGGCUGCCGAGGUUGCCUUGUUUAAUUUUUAAAAGCGUCCCUUGUAUUUUCUUACAGUGCUGAUAGUCAGGUCCUUCAAGCAGGUCAUGUGGAGAAAUUCCACACCUAUGUGCUGGUGCAAAGUAAUGGCCAGAAUACGUGGAUUUCUCCAUCGACCUUCAAAAGCCCGUGUGACAUCAAUGUGAAGUUUUUUCCAUUUGACAAACAGCAAUGCAAUAUGAAAUUUCGCUCCCUGACAGCUGAUCGCUCUCUUUUGGACAUUUUCUCAACAACCACGGAAACUGAGAAUCCAGAAAAAGGUAUCAUGUUAUUGGUCAUGGUGCAGGAAAUUUCUUGUAGUUAGAGGUAGCGACAUACUCCAAACAAGUAAGACCAAAGAAAUACAUGCUGGGAAUCUGCCUUUUCUUUCUAAGAGCUUAGGACUAUGUCUAACUUUACUGCAAUUACUACGUUCGCAUAGAGUAGUUAAAUAGUUAUAUGACGUCCUGAUCCUGUAAGAUCACUGAUUAUUAUACGAUAUUUUUUAUGAUUUAAUAAUCAAACAAAGGUGGUCAAUCAGGUCAAUCAUGUCCUCCUUUCUUGUUUAGAUCUAGAACUCACGUCGUCAAAUGGUUACUGGACCCUGAGGAGUCUUGUCAUAAAAAUGACCAACUACGAUGAGAAGAAAGAGCCAAAGAGACAAUUCCCAGAAGUCAUCGUGUCGUUUUUCAUCGGACGCAAACCUACGUUUUUCGUGCUGUUCACCCUUGUGCCCUGUAUGAUCAUCGGCAUGCUGAUUCUCGUCAGCUUCUUCAUUCCAGCAGAAAGUGGUGAGCGUAUCGGUCUGUGUGCCACCAUUCUCUUGGCUGUGAGUGUGUACCUCGUGGUUAUAACUGAUCAGCUGCCUGAGCAGUCAGACACUCUACCGCUGAUUGGCGUAUACUAUAUUGUGAUCAUGUUUGAAAUCGGGUUGGCGCUGGCCGCUACCGUCCUCGUACUGAUGGCUCACCACGCUAUAUCCAAGCCGCCCAAAUUGUUGACAUACUUAACAGGUAAAUAUAGUCUUCGUUUUAAUACCAGUUAAAUCUAUAUUUAUUAAGGGUGGAUUAUAAAUUGGUUUUUGUUCCUGGGGGGAGGUGAGGUUAAUUCCACUACAAAGGAACGGCUAAAUCUGUGCAAAUUUUGGUCUCAGCUAAAGGAGCUGUGUCACGAAAUACAGCCAAAUUAGGAAAUUACAAAAUGCCCGUUAAAUUAAGAGAAACAUAAAAAUAACCACUUAAAACUUUAAAGGAAGGUUAAAAUCACAUAACAGAAACAACAGAUGCCACGGAUGGGCAAAACUGAAGAAGAUUGAAACGGAUUGAAUUUAGGGUUUUUGAAAACUGUUCAGCCUAACAGUUUUUCAAAGUUGAUCCCUGCUGGUUUCAACUUCAAAAAUAAUGCUCAGGAGACAUAUUUGUUUGUCUCGGAUCUCUGAUUUUGUCAUUUACAUGUAAUUUCUUUGCUUACUUUAAGUUCCAUAGCGAUUGAGGGCGAGUAAUUGGCAAAAUUAAACGAAAUGAACUGGACUGCCGUGACACAGCCCCUUUAAGGCAGUCCAAUUUUUUUUUUACCCACACAUUUAUCGCGAAGGGUUGUGCACAAAUAACCCUGUAACGACACCAAACUGAGUUAAAGACAGCAUUGGAUAUCAAUAUCUUUGCCGGGCACAAUUAAAAUCAUGAGUAUAGCUCUUAUGUAGUUGUCUGUUCUGGUAUUGACAACUUUACCAAAAUAUGAUGUGUGAAGAAUAAAACAGCUGAAAACAGCUGCUGAAGACGAAGGCUACUGUCAAAGGUCUGUCACUAAUUAUGCUCUCAAACUGCAGCUUUGACCCCUUUUUAAUUACCAAUUGACCUUAAUGACGCAUUUAUUAAAAUAAUUUUGGUGUGGGAGUCCUCCUAAUAGCAGCACACAUUUUCUUUAGAACUCAGGUCUUUAUCCAUUAUUGUUACGAGUGUUUAGAUCCAGCCACCCAAACUCACCUUCAGCAUGCACAUGGUAUUCACACUCUGACUGCUAUCCCCAGUCGUCUCUCGUUCUUAUGGGUACGAGGGGAUCGGGAGUCAAGGGAGACUAGCAGGAAGACGGUGGUAACUGGAGGAAAGAAGAGCCCAAGGCCAUCACCUCUCGAGCGCUUCUUUCGUUAACAGAAAGAUUUAGAAUCACGUUUACUGCAAAAGGCAAACGGCAGAUUGAUGUUCAGAAUUUGUCGAAAUAAAAAGAUAAAAAUAGUCAAUUCUUAUGGAUAAAACUGGUGUGAAACUAACAAAUUUUUUGUAGAAGAACAGUUAUAGCGCUAGAAAAGAAAAGACAUACUUGCUGUUUGCAGCAAACGUGACUGUAAAUCUCUCUAAUCUUUAAAAGUCAGAUGUAUAAUUAACCCACCUGAAAUAAAGGGAUCAUCAUACGUUUCUGGGAAUCUGCCCACCUACCCCUCCCCUAAGCCAACAUUAACACUUACUUCUCACUUAGGGCAAAAUGUUGGCUUAGGGGAGGGGUCUAAUAAGGCAUCUAACUGUAUUUUUUUUUCUUCAGUAUUGAACGGAAUUGUCUGCUCUCCCAAAAGUUGCCGAAGGUUUACAUCAAAGAAAAGAUCCAAGGAUAUUCCUCCCACACCACCUGCGUCUGCAAAUGCUAUGGUCAACCCUGGAACAGAAUCAAUAAAUAUUGACAUGGAGGUAACAGUUACAAAGGAGAACAACGAUGAAAAACAAGACGAACGGAGUUCAAAUGCAGGUUCAAUCACUUCUGUCAAUGAAGUCGACGAAGACGAGGAAAAUCAAGAAAUGUGGAAACAGAUUGGUCGCGCAUUAGAUCGCCUUUUUUUCUCGGUGUUUUUGGUUCUGUUUACGUUGUCCACGCUUAUAAUUUACGGACAAGCGGGUCGUCUCGAUUCAUUGGAUACUUUCAAGUUCUAA